AUGAGGCCUGAUCUCAAUAUGAAGGAGAAGCCAUUGCCUCCUUCCAGGUGUGUAGAAAGCUGUCGUCCUGGAUUUGUGAAGGUAGCUCGGGAAGGAGAGCCCAUUUGCUGCUACAACUGUUUUCGAUGUGCAGAAGGAACCAUCUCAGUUAGGGAAGAUGCAGAAACUUGUACCAAAUGUCCAGAAGCUCAGCAUCCAAAUAUAAACCAAGAUCGUUGCAUCUCCAAGGUUAUAACCUUCUUAUCCUAUAAAGACUCUUUGGGAAUUGUCCUAGCAACCAUUGCCCUCUUCUUGUCACUAAUCACCAGCUUUGUUUUAGUAAUCUUCAUUAAAUUCUUAGAAACUCCAAUUGUCAAAGCAAACAACCAGGACCUUUCCUUCAUCCUCCUGAUCUCACUCCUGCUUUCCUUCUUGACCCCCUUCCUCUUCAUCGGUCAGCCAACCAAACCAACCUGUCUCCUGCAACAAAUGGUCUUCAGCAUCAUCUUCUCAACUGCCAUCUCUUCUGUCCUAGCAAAGACAAUCACAGUAGUAGUGGCCUUCUUGGCCACAAAACCAGGGAAUAAACUGAAGAAAUGGCUAGGAAAGAGCUUGGCCAACUCCAUCAUUCUUUCUUGUUCCAAUGUCCAGGUUUUCAUUUGCAUCAGCUGGCUGGCCACUUCUGCCCCAUUCCCUGACUCUGACCCACACUCUCAACCUGGAGAGAUCAUCCUGCAAUGCAAUGAAGGCUCUGCUACCAUGUUUUAUGUUGCUCUUAGCUACAUGGGCUUCUUGGCUGUUGUCUGCUUCAUGGUGGCUUUCCUAGCCAGGAACCUCCCAGGGGCUUUCAACGAAGCCAAGCUGAUCACCUUCAGCAUGCUUGUCUUCUGCAGUGUUUGGGUAUCCUUCGUGCCUACCUACCUGAGCACCAAAUGGAAAUAUAUGGUGGCUGUGCAGAUCUUCUCCAUCUUGGCUUCCAAUGCUGGCCUGCUAGGCUGCAUCUUCAUCCCCAAGUGCUAUAUUAUCAUUCUGAAACCAAAUCUGAAUACAAAAGAACAUUUGAUGUUAAAAUAA